AUGGCGAUACGACAACUGACCAUGGACGAGCUCAACCGGGCCGCCCUUGACCAAUUUGUAUAUCAACCUGUGAGCCGGGAAAUGAUCACGUUUCUCGCCGAGGCCGCUCACAAUGUCAUCACAUGCGAUUCGUCCUUGAUGCCGCCAAGCUCCACGAAGCAACCUCAACAACAACUGUCACAACAACAAACUCUUCCUCCCACACCUCCGAGGAGUCCUGGAUCUCAAGCUGCUGUUGCUGCUGCCGCGGAACCCGUCGACAAUACAUUGCCUACACUUGAGGAGUUUAUCACACAGCUCGUCGUCUCAUCCAAUGUUCAGGUCCCGACGCUCAUGUCAACACUGGUUUACUUGACUAGACUCAAGUCGAAGCUUCAACCCAUGGCCCGUGGCCUGCGAUGCACCACUCACCGCAUCUUCCUCGCCUCACUUAUCUUGGCUGCCAAGUACCUCAACGACAGCUCACCAAAGAAUAAGCACUGGGCAAACUACACUCACAUCAACACUGAUUUGUACAGCUUCGGAUUCAACCGCACCGAGGUCAACUUGAUGGAGAAGCAGCUACUUUUCCUUCUCGAGUGGGAACUGAGGAUUUCUGAGCAAGAUUUGUACCGCGAACUGGAUUCCUUCCUUGAGCCACUCCGCACUCGAAUUGCGGAGAGACACACCAGAAAGAUGCGCCAUCGCGAGGAGAAGAGACGCCAGCAAGAGGUGAAUGCACGCUACCCCAGCCCUCCUGCCUCUCGAGGCCAGUCUCGAUCUCGAAAUACCAGUCCGGAAUCUGCCCGCUCUACCAGCGGUGGUUCCAUCACGCCCCCUGGUCUCACUUAUAGCAGCUCAGCCAGCUCGUACGCUUCAUCCAUUUCUUCGAGCCGACAGCAAUCUCGGUCCACAACCCCAUUGGAGUCGAAUCCCUCCCCGUACAUGUACGAAAUUUCUCAGCCACAGGACAGCCUUUACGAUUCCCCCAUUGAGAUCGUCUUGGAAGCGGACCUUGCCAAAUCAGCACCCGAGCCUCUAUCCUCGGGCAGCCGCCUGCUUCCGUACGAAAUUUCCACAGAACAGUAUCACCAACUCCAAGACGGUUCUGCCAAGAAGCGACAGAAGCGAGGCAUGUGGGGACGACUGCUUGGUGGUAGCACUGUUACAGCACGAUAG